CUCUACGAAAAAAGACCGUAUACUGACAAGAAAUGUUCUUAAGGCCUGCAGAUGAGCGAGGUGUACGCGACACCUGGACCAUCCUUUUGUCUUGCAAGGUUCUGUUGGUUUGGCAUGGAGGAGUCUAACAAAGUUUACUUUAACAAGGUGAAGAGCUUAAUAGGAACGACACACCCAUUAAAAGUGUACGGAUACGCUAUUCUAAACGAAAUCAUUUACUGCCUGGUGGAGUUGGACGAUAUUCUUAAAGACGAGCUCGCGAGUGGCGACGCUCUCGAAUUCCUGGGCACCGCUGUGUGGAAGCCUACUUCAUGUAUUAUUCCUCCCGACACCGUGCUUCCGCUGACCGACGAAGUGGCAGACAGCACUUCUAUGCCGUCCACUCGUGCGCCGACGCUUUCCAAGCACACGGGCUUCAUCGUUCUGGGAGAUACCAAUGGUAUAACCACGACUCCCAACGCACCUACUCCUCGGAUAGCCGAGAUUUGGCAAAACGCAUCGCAAAAGACUGCAGAUCUUCGCUCGAUCAGAGUCAGGGGCGCCACAGUUAAAGACAGCAGUGACGUUCGUCUUAUACUGCUUGAUGAUGUACUCUGCUUUAAGACAGUAUUUGCUGGCUUCUAUCAACCGUACUUGCUGAAGUAA